GGCUCUGAGGUGGGUUGCCACCUGAUACCCACAAAUGGGUGGAACAUGGUGGGAGGAGACUGGCCCAUCCGGGCAGGACCUAGGGGUGCUGGGACCCCGAGAGCCUGGAUUCAGCCCCAGCCCCUGGCAGCUAUGAGACUGUCUCCUCUCCAGUGCAUGGCCAUCUCAUCCCGGGUGGAGGUGACAAGUCAGGCUCUCGGAACAGUGCUGGCUUGAAGCACACACCGCUGAGUGACGUCUAGAUCCCGGGUGGGGGCCGCAGCAGGUGGGUGAGGCUGCUGUGGUGGCUGCAGCGGGAGUAGCUGUAGCGAGGUUGAGAUGCAGCCAGACCCACAGGCAGGAAGUGAGCUGGGGAGCUCCGCCAGGGGCUGCUCCUGGGCCGCUCUUCAGGGCGCCAGGCUGCCCUGCCUGCCCAGCGGGCCUCGGGCGGUGCGCUGCACCCGUGGCCGUGAUAAGUGCCAUCUCUGGCCUCCAGCCUGGCCAGGUCUUCAGGCCCCUUGGUGCCCUCCUGGGGGCAGGUGAGGGCUGGGUUCUGGGAGGAUUAGGCCCUGCCACAUCAUUGUGAUGGGACCUAGGCUGUGACCACGUGAGCCGACCUGGGCCUGCAUGCACGGGAAGCCCACCCCUGGAUCUGGGUAGACUGGGUUACAGACUGCCAACAGAUAGUGGGGUGGACCCCCAUCCCCUGGGGCCUUGCUAAGACCUCAGAAGGGAGACAGAUCCAUGGCAGGGAUGGGGGUAGGGGAGGAGGGCCGGCUGGCAGUGGGGUGGCCAGUGCCCAGUGCCCCUGCUGUCCUGACUUCCCAGGCCUUUGGGAUUCUAGGCUCUGCGGUGAAUGGCCAGGGGGCAUUGCCCAAGACAGACCUGGGCAAGGUGUGGCUGCAGAUGAGUCUUUGGCUUGUGUGGCUCACAAACUCAGAAAUGUGACCUCAGAGGCCUCCCCAGAUCUCAGGUUUGGGCUGCAGUGGUCUCAGCCAGGCCUUGGCCAGAUCACAGCUGCCCCACCCCGGUCCCCAUCACUGGCCACACUCUGCGGCCAUUUGGGUCAUCCUGACGACUCAGGUACUCAUGGGCGGGCAGAGCACACCUCUGCAGGAGCCCCCAGCAGAGGCAGGAAGGGGGGCCCCGAAGCUGUGCCCUCUCGGCCCCUGUAGGAGGGAGGGGCUGUGGAGCCUUGGGGUUUCCUGUGUGCUGAGUCAGAAGGCCCGGGGAGGAGGCGGCCCGGCAGUGUGAGGUACUCAAGUGAGGCUGCCAGGUGGGCGCCCCGUCCCUCGGUCAGCCCCAGCUCCGAUCUUCUGCCCCCAGGCUGGUCCGGGGCUUCGCAGCAUGGGGCCACAGGUGCCCUCGGCCCCUUCUGCCCUCUGGGCUCUAGGGUGCCUCGCCCUGCUCCUCUGGCUGUGGGUGCUGUGCACAGCCUGCCACAGCAGGAAGGCGGCGCGGAGGCAGCAGGCCAGGCUUCAGGGCUGGGGGAUGCCGGCAGAGGCGUCACUGCUGAGACGACCCCACCUCUGCUCCCUCAGCAAGUCAGAUACCAGGCUGCAUGAGCUGCACCAGGGCCGGGGAGGCUGCACAGCCCCACGGCCUGCCAGCAUGGAUCUCCUGUGCCUGCAGUAUCUUGAGAUGUCCAGAGGCACCACCAGGCCCCUGGCAGCCUUCUCGCACCGGGAACUGCCCCAGCCCUCCAUCAGCCCUGAGGCCACCUAUUCCAACGUGGGGCUGGCUGCAAUCCCCAGGGCCAGCCUGGCAGCCAGCCCUGUGGUGUGGGCAGGGGCACGGCUAACCAGCAGCUGCGCCAGACCUGGGCCUGAGGCCAGGCCCGUGGUGCCGGAGUAUGCUCGCAUCCAGAAGCUCAAGGGAACAGGCCAGGGGCCCCAGGGCGUGGAGCAGCGGCAGGCUGAGGGGACCCCAGCCACUCAGGUGGACAUUCUAUACUCCAAGGUCAACAAGCCCAGAAGGAGGGACCCAGAACCUGUCGUAGACCAGCUGGACCCCAAGAGUCAGGGAGCGAUUCCGACUCUGGGGAGUAACGUGGCCUAUGACAGUCUCCCACUCAGGGGCGUGAGCGGGGACAGGGGCCUCCUGGAAAACGUGUAUGAGAGCAUCCAGGAGAUGGGGAUCCCUGAGCGCCAAGAGCCCCCCAGACCGGGCUGUUAGCAUGAGUGGACAGGAAGGCCUCCUGCCUCCCCCCCUGCCUCAGCCUGGGGAGGGGUCUCCAUCUCCUCCCUGCCUGAACACCCAAGUACAGACGUUCCUUCCUCCAGUGUGAAGCCUGAAUCCCCUCUUCCCUCACAGCCUCCCCGCCCACACACACACACAGCUGGCAGCACAAAUUCCAGGUCCCUGGGGUCUGGGCUGCCAGGCCUGCCCGGGCCAGCGUCCUAAUAAAUCCCAGCACAGGGAGGAUGAACACCAA